UCUUCCUUGUUGAAUUCUCAAUCUCAGAAGCUGCAUUUAGAAGAGGAAAGAAGAACAUGAGCGAAGCAAGCAUGACUACUGUGGAAGAACAAAUGCUCGUCUCCUCCCAACUCAGCUACCAAAUGCCUUACCAAGAAACAGUAAGCGAGAGGACCAGAGUUCGCCGGAGGAGGAAGAAGGUGAACAAGGACAACGGGGAUGCGAAGAAGAGGAGACUGAGCGAGGAACAGGUGGAGUUCCUGGAAAGGAGUUUCACAGAGGAGAGGAAAUUGGAGACGGGGAGGAAGGACCUGCUGGCCGCCAAGCUUGGGAUGGAUGCCAAGCAGGUGGCGGUGUGGUUCCAAAACCGGCGGGCCCGGCACAAGAACAAGCAAGUGGUGGAGGACUACGCCAAGAUGAAGGCUGCCCAAGAUGCCGCCGUCGUCGAGAAAUACCGCCUCGAGAACGAGGUGCUUAAACUGAAACAAAGGCUUGUGGAAGCAGAGGAGCAGAUAAGGAAGCUCUCCUCAGGCAUGAAUGCAGCUGCUCAUGCCAUCACUGUAGCCGAUGAUAGUAGCCCAAGCUCAUGGUUCUCAAGCGUCCUUCCAUUAGCUGGGGAGUUGGGGGCGGAAGGAGAAGCCGAGCUGAUGUUCAUGCAUGAUCAUGACUUCAACAAUUACAUGACAAUAAUGGAGUGGGCUGGCUAUUUUGGUGUGUAAAUGGAUUGGUGCUGCUGUUGUUCCAUGAACUGUGGAUGACAUUGUAAUUAAUCAGGGGUCUGCAUUAUUAAUUCUACUAGCUAACCAUAAAAAUUGUAUCUGUAAAUUGUGAUUGCUUCA